UUCUCUUUCACCCCUUUCCUCUUCAUUUAUUAGUCCAACCUACAAAUCCCUUUCCCCACUUACAUUCUACAUUCCCUCUCUCUCUUCUUUCUUCUUUCUUGCCUAUGCAGAUUUAGAGAAAGAGAUCAUGGAGCUUGAUUUAAGCUUAGGAGACUCUUCAAAGCCUCUAAUUGGCUUCAUGGAAAACCAACAUCGUGAAGCUUCCAAUGAACUUGGCUUAGGCUUCAACACCACUUUAUCAAUUGGUCCAGUCAUCACUACACAAACAGAUCAACAACAACAAAUUAAGACUAAAACAAACAACAACAGUAACAGUACUGAAAAUCCUAACCCUGUACUAAAUCAACUUGAUCUUCUUCCUCCACUCUCUUUCCCAUGGCACUCUCCUUCUGAAAAUGUGGGUAGUUUAUUGGUAUCAACUGAGUUUGGGGGUUCUUCAAGGGGCUUAGACGUGAACGUGGUUCCACUGGCGGUGGUUGUGGCGGAAGAUGAGGCGGCGCUUUCAUCAUCACCUAAUAGCGCAGCAUCUUCUUUUCAGAUGGAUCUGUGUAUAUACAGUGGUGGUGGUGGUGGAGGGAGUUUGAGUGGUUCAGGUGGGAACAAGAGAGAGUUUUCAGAUGGUGAAGGUUAUUAUCAAAGGAAUUGUUCAAGAGUGAGUGAUGAUGAUGAUAACUGUGGUGGUGGAAACACAAGGAAGAAGCUUCGACUCUCUAAGGAUCAAUCUGCUUUUCUUGAAGAGAGUUUCAAAGAACACAACACUCUUAACCCUAAACAAAAACUGGCCCUUGCAAAAUCACUCAAUCUUAGCCCUCGUCAAGUAGAAGUUUGGUUCCAAAACAGAAGAGCAAGGACUAAACUGAAGCAAACAGAAGUAGACUGUGAAUAUUUAAAGAGAUGCUGUGAGACAUUAACAGAAGAAAAUAGAAGACUACACAAAGAGCUUCAAGAAUUAAGAGCUUUAAAAACUUCAAAUCCAUUUAACAUGCAAUUACCAGCAACUACUUUGACUAUGUGUCCUUCUUGUGAGCGUGUUGCUACAAAUUCCACUGCCACUUCCUCUGUCACUACAAGUGCCACAAUCAAAACUAGUGAUGAUUCAACCUCAAAAUCCAAUAAUAAUAUUGGAUUUCCUUUUGGCAAACCAAGAAUUCAUCAACACCAUCUUGAAUUGAAUUGAAUUUUAUUUUAUUCAUUCAAUAGUCUUGGAAAUUGAUUUCAUUUUGUAUAUAGGGAAUUUUCUGAGAGGCUGAUAGAGUUUUUUUUUUUCUCCCUUAUUUUCUUCAUUUGGGAGUUGCUAUAGAAUUUCUGAUAUUUUGAUUUUUCUAUUUUGAAUUUCUUUGCUAAUUUCCUCUUUUUGUUAAGAUAGAUAUUGAAAAGAAAAGGAAACGAUCAUCAUACUGGUUUGUGAUA